GUGUCGGGCGGCGUGCGGGAGCGCGGCGUGGCCCCGGCGGCCGGCGGGUUCCGCGCGGAGCCGCGGGUGCGGAGGAACAUGCCUCUCCUGGCCCAGCGCUUCCCGGAGGAGGAGGAGCAGUACUGCUUGGUGGCCACCCUGGACAACGUCCGGAAUCUGUCCACCAUCCUCAAAGCCAUCCACUUCCGAGAGCACGCCACUUGUGUCGCCACCAAAAACGGAAUCCGGGUGACCGUGGAAAACGCCAAGUGUGUCCAAGCGAAUGCUUUCAUUCAGGCUGAAAUAUUUCAAGAGUUUACGAUUCAGGAAGACUCUGUUACUUUCCGAAUUAAUUUCACUGUCCUUUUAGAUUGUUUAUCUAUUUUUGGAUCAAGUUCUACGCCUGGGACUUAUACUGCACUUAGGAUGUGCUACCAAGGUUAUGGUCAUCCUUUGAUACUGUUUCUGGAAGAAGGAGGAGUAGUGACAGUCUGCAAAAUCAAUACUCAGGAGCCUGAAGAGACUCUAGAUUUUGAUUUCAGCAGCACCAACGUUAUUAAUAAAGUUAUUCUGCAGUCAGAGGGGCUCCGUGAAGCAUUUUCUGAGUUGGACAUGACAAGCGACGUUUUCCAGAUUACCAUGUCUCCUGAGAAGCCAUAUUUCAGGUUAUCUACUUUUGGAAAUGGAGGAAGCUCCCACCUUGACUAUCCCAAGGAUUCGGAUUUAAUGGAAGCAUUUCAUUGUAGUGAGACUCAGAUCAACAGAUACAAGAUUUCUUUACUGAAACCCUCUACGAAGGCUUUAGUCUUAUCUUGUAAGGUAUCUAUCCGGACAGAUAACCGAGGAUUCCUCUCAUUACAGUAUAUGAUUAGAAAUGAAGAUGGGCAAAUAUGUUUUGUGGAAUAUUACUGCUGCCCUGAUGAGGUUUGUGAAUCUGAGUCUUGAGUGUUCCCUGUGGUACUGAGGUGUGCAUUUGUGAUUGGUUGGGGCCUUAUUCUGCCAGCAGUAGUCUUCAUGACUUGUUAGCUUGUCUGUUGAGAAUGAGCUCCCUAUAGGUUAACAGUUGCUAUAUUAUUGAGUCUAAAGUUUGCAAGUUGAAUCAAGCCAUAUGUAAAAUGUUUGUUUACUAUUAAAAUGUUUGUUUACUAUUAAUAAAAAGCAAA